AUACUGUGUCGUGCGAACAGCACCGAUCCGAGUGCACAGACCACCACGUUAGUUGUUUUUUAAGGUUAUUUGGUGGUAUUUGGGAGUGUUUGACAGUUGUUUUUACCACCAUGAUAGCACCGAAAAGGAAAAAGAAGACUCUAGCAGACAAUAUUUCAUUUCUCUUAGCAAAUGAAAAUACCACUGUUGAUCCUGAGGAUGACAUUCAUCCAGAAACAUCAGCUCGUGUUGUGGAUGAAGACUUUGAUGAUGAGCUAGAUGACUUUGCUCCAUCAAGUAAAUUGCGUAAGUCUAAUGCAGAUCUUUUGGAAUCUGUGGACAAGCGGUAUGAAGGUGGAAGAACCUCGAGAAAAGAGUUGAUGAACGACUCUGAUUCCGAUGAGGAAGAUGAUGACAGUGAUGACGAUAAUCACAGUUCUGGAAAGGAGGAUCUUAUCCCUGGCCCUUUGAAGAGGAAACGAAGUUUGGCUGGUAUCAGUGAUGAAGAUGACAGUGCUGAAGAAGAGGAAGCCGAUGGAGAUGGUGAUGGUGAAGCAGACAGUGCAGAUGGGGAUUCUGGAGAUGACUAUGAAGAUUAUGAAGACUUUGAAGAUAAAGGAAGUGAUGGUGAGGGAGGUUCUGAGGACAGCCCAGAAGAGGGUUCCGAAGAUGACGAAACAAGCGAUUUCAGGCACAUGUCUGGCAAAGAUGUCAACCAAGAGAUGAAGAGAGGCAUCUCGGUCCGAAAUCAGCUAAACUUCUGGGAUAAUUUCCUUGAUUGUCGAAUCCAACUUCAGAAGAUCUUGUCUAUCAGCAAUCAACUUCCACAGCCAGACGUUUAUCCCCUGUUUGCUCAGAAAGGAGGAGCUGAUUUUAGAUCCAACACUUCAAAAGCAAAGCAUAGGCUCUCUAAACUCAUGGAUUCUCUUUUGAACCUGCAGGAUGCCCUUUUGAAAUCCUACCCUGAAACUAAAAACCUAAAUAAAUCCAAUAACAAGGCAGAGAACACCAAUGCUGCAGAUGACUCAGAUGAGGAGAUUACGAGCUCAGAAGAUGAGGACGACAUGAAAAGUAAUGGUAGAAGUAAAAGGGGCUUUGAAGGUACCGAUGAUGAAGAUGAUGAGGAUAAUGAGGAUAAGGAGGAUGGCCAUGGCUCCAAGAAAAGGCAGAAGAGGGAAGAUAUAGGAAAGAUUUUAGCAACAAGACAUGCUAACUAUGUAGCAUAUCGCAAUGCAACCAUACAGAAAUGGAAUAGUAAAACACAGGUUGCCCACGGAACAUCUAGUAGAAACUUUAGUGCAUUUGAGCAAAGUACUUUAAAACAAAUUGAUCAAAUCUUGGCUGACAAAUCUCGCGUCACACGAAGAACUCAGUUAAGACGAACUGAAUACCAUGUAUUGGGACAAGUUGAUCAGCCUAACGAAAAAGUAGGAACAAAAGAAACUCAUGAUGGAGCAGAAUCAAAAGAAAGUAAAUCUACUGCAGAAUUAAUCAGAGAAUAUGAUCCAGAAAUUUUUGAUGAUAGCGAUUUUUAUCAUCAGCUCCUACGAGAGUUAAUUGAGCGGAGGUCUUCAGACGUCACAAACCCUGUCCAGCUUGGCAGACAAUGGAUUGAACUGCAGAAAAUCAGAAGUAAAAUGAAGCGAAAAGUAGACACCAAAGCAUCAAAGGGAAGACGCUUGCGAUUUACAGUGCAUCCUAAACUUGUCAAUUACAUGGCCCCAGAACCGUCUAUUUUAAUGAAUGAGGAUGCUGUCACAGAAUUGUACAACUCUUUGUUUGGGAAAAAAAAAUAGGAAUGUAAUUGUUGCAUAUGCUUAAUUGGUUCAAGUUGAUCCCAUUGUGCCUUGGUAUAACCAGGACUUUUGGCACAAAACAGAUUACAAGUAUAAUUAUUGAAAUAUAACAAUGAAUAAAACAAAACAUGAAUGAAGAAGAAAUCA